GGACGGCAGGUAGGUUUAGGUUAUCACACUCUUCAAUUAUAAAUUGCAAAAGAUUGCCAUAACAUUGUCGACUUUGGGCCUUGGGAAUACGGCUCUCCGUCAAUCUUAAGAGGUAUCCUUUUUGCUCUUUCUACAAAUCGAUCAAUUUUUUCACUCAUUAAAAGCCUCGAAUCCUUCGCUCUCAUAACGAAAUAACCAGAUCUUCUGCAAACAAAUCAAGAAAAGAAAAUUUCUGUAAACAUGGCAACUGCAAGCCUUCCCAACAGCUGCAUGCUCAGAAGUGCACCACCACAAGCUAGAAGUACAAGUGCCUUUCUGAGGAGCCCGUCCUCUUUAGGAUCCGUGAAGAGCAUCUCCAAAACCUUUGGCCUGAAAGCUAAGUCAGGUUUCAGAGCAUCCGCGAUGGCUGUUUACAAGGUCAAGUUGAUUGGACCAGAUGGCACUGAAAACGAAUUUGAUGCUCCUGAUGAUUGUUACAUCCUCGAUUCGGCUGAGAGUGCAGGCAUUGAGUUGCCAUACUCAUGCAGGGCUGGCGCGUGCUCAACCUGUGCCGGGAAAAUGGAAUCAGGUUCUGUUGACCAGUCGGAUGGAUCUUUUCUUGAUGAUAACCAAAUGAAGGAAGGUUACUUGCUGACCUGCAUCUCCUACCCGACUUCAGAUUGUGUGAUUCACACUUGUAAGGAGAGCGAACUUUACUGAACAUUUGCUCGAGUUUGUGGUUCUAGCUUAUUAGCUAUAAUGCAAAGCAAUUCAACAUUGCUUGUUAUGUUGUUUUCGAAUAUUGAUGUCGUAAUUAGCAAAACUGGCUGUUUUGGAACUUUUGAAAGCUCGUGUUCAAGUUGUGUUUGUCUAAUGCAAUCGCCUUUCGUACCCAUUGUUGUUCUCUCGUGCUCUUCUUUCUUUGUUUAGGUUGAGAAGGGGUUGCUAGUCCAAGGUAGAGAAGUUGAGGGAUUAUUGGUACCAUCAAACAGUUGUUCUCUCUAAUAAAAUUAUUGUUAGUUUUUAAUA